CGCUGAGCCGCUCCCUUACAGCUACGGCGGAGAGGUGUUUUUCAGCCCUUGAUUUGGGACCCUCAGCCUCCACCGAAGCGCCAUGGCUCCGGCUAGGAAGGGCAGCAGUGGGGUGACCAAGGCCAACUCGUUACGGAGCCGGAAGCUCGCCUCCUUUCUUAAGGACUUCGAUCGUGAAGUGCAAAUACGAUGCAAGCAAAUUCAGUCGGACAGGUUGAACCUCCUCAAGGAGCUAGACAACAUGUACAGCAUCGAAAUCCUGCGGCUCCCCAAGGCUCUGCGCGAGAUGAACUGGCUCGACUACUUCGCCCUUGGAGGAAGCAAGCAGGCCCUGGAAGAAGCAGCAACGGCGGACCUGGAUAUCAGAGAAAUAAACAAACUAACAGCAGAAGCUAUUCAGACACCCCUGAAAUCUGCCAGAACACGAAAGGCAAUACAAGUGGAUGAAAUGAUAGAGGAAGAAGAAGAAGAAGAAAAAAAAAAUAAGAAACUUCAAACUGCCAAAGUCAAAAGGUGUCCUCCCUCCAGGAAGAGAACCCAGUCCAUACAAGGAAAAGGCAAAAGCAAAAGGUCCAGCAACUGUAACACUGUUACCCCAGCUGUGGGCCGGAUGGAGCUGUCUCUGGUGAAACCAACUCCAGGCCUGACACCCAGAUUUGACUCAAGGGUCUUCAAGACCCCAGGCCUGCGCACUCCAGCAGCCAGAGAGCGGAUUUACAACGUCUCAGUGAACGGCAGCCCUCUUGCCGACAGCAAAGAGGUUUUCCUCACUGUGCCAGUGGGCAGCGGAGAGAGCAUGCGAUUAUUGGCCAGUGACUUGAAGAGGGUCGAUAUUGCCCAACUGGACCCAGAGGCCCUGGGAAACAUAAAGCAGCUGUCCAACCGUCUGGCCCAAAUCUGCAGCAGCAUACAGACUCACAAAUGAGGCUGCUGUCCCAGGAAGCCCGACUUGACAGGAUGGAUCUUCAGGGGGUGCUUCUUCCCUUCAGGCUUACGGUCUAUUUGGUGUGAAGUUCCAGAGCAAGGAGUGGCGCUCCUCUUGGAGGACUCGGGAAGUGGGGGGACACUGUUCCUGCAUCAGUUUUGCCGUUCACACCUCCCAACCCAGGUGACAAAGACACUUUCUGCUGCAGCUAUGCAAUCGGAACUUCCUGUUGU